AAAAAACUCCAUGGCUAACGAUGGUUAACCCCGCACGUGCAGGAGAAAAAAAGCGCCCCGGCGAGUAAAACGAACGCACCCUCCCGUCCGCCGUGUAGCCGCUCGGUGCCUGCCUAGCUUGAUCCGGCGAGCAAGGCGUCAGCCAGCAAGACGUUGGGUGUUUGCCGUUAUCGUAAUAAGCUCCACGCCUCCGACGCGCCUAAAGAAUGAGAAGAGUUACCUUGUUUGUUAACGGGACAUCGAAGAACGGCAAGGUUGUAGCAGUAUACGGGACCUUGUCUGACCUGUUAUCUGUCGCAAGCAAUAAAUUGUCAAUAAGGGCCUCCUGUCUAUACAAUGGAAGAGGUGGUCUCAUAGAUGACAUUGCCCUGAUCAGAGAUGAUGAUGUGCUAUAUGUCUCAGAGGGGGAUCCAUUUAUUGACCCUCAGAAUGAAUUUAAGGUUACGUCCGAGCAGCUUGGAGCACACACAGAUUGGCUGACCCUCAAUAUAGGUGGUCGUCUCUUCACCACCACCCGGAGCACUUUGGUCAGUAAGGAGCCAGAAAGUAUGCUUGCGCACAUGUUCCGAGAGAGGGAUGUGUGGGGAAACAAACAGGAUGAGCAUGGGGCGUACUUAAUCGACCGUAGCCCGGAAUACUUCGAGCCUAUCCUCAACUACUUGAGACAUGGUCAGCUCAUUAUCAAUGAUGGCAUCAAUAUAAGGGGUGUCCUGGAGGAGGCUCGGUUCUUUGGAAUUGAGCAGCUUGCUGAGCAGUUGGAAGCGGCAAUAAGGAAUUCACAGCCACCUGAUGACCACUCCCCCAUUUCUCGCAAAGAGUUUGUUCGCUUCCUACUAGCUACACCCACCAAAUCGGAGCUCCGUUGCCAGGGUCUUAAUUUCAGUGGGGCUGAUCUCUCUCGACUUGACCUGCGCUACAUCAACUUCAAGAUGGCCAACCUCAGCCGUUGCAACCUGACACAUGCCAAUUUAUGCUGCUCCAACCUUGAACGAGCUGAUCUGUCUGGAGCCAACCUGGAUGGUGCUAACUUGCAAGGUGUGAAGAUGCUGUGCUCCAAUGCGGAGGGGGCCUCUCUCAGAGGAUGUAAUUUUGAGGAUCCAUCUGGUCUGAAGGCCAACCUGGAGGGGGCUAAUCUGAAAGGAGUUGACAUGGAGGGAAGUCAGAUGACCGGCAUUAACCUGCGUGUAGCCACUCUGAAAAAUGCAAAGCUGAAGAACUGCAACCUGCGGGGCGCCACUUUAGCAGGGACUGAUCUCGAGAACUGUGACCUGUCCGGCUGUGAUUUGCAAGAGGCCAACCUACGAGGGUCCAAUGUGAAAGGAGCCAUUUUUGAAGAAAUGCUGACUCCCCUGCACAUGUCUCAGAGUGUCAGAUAAUUCCAGUUCACUCCUGAAACUUUCAGCUGGACUCUAGCUGGCUUCUUGCUGAUCCACCCCCCCCCCCCCCCCCCCCCGACACACAUAUACACAACACACACACUAUCAAGCUUCCUGUACCUGUUUACAGAACAGGCAGUUGUAUGCAUAUCCCUGGCAUUCCACUUAUAUUAGCUUUAAAUAUCUUGCACUAGAGUUACCCAGGGUUGUCCAUUUAAAGAUUUUCCCGGUCGAAUGCGUUAAAAUAUUAAGCCGUAUCUGCAUUUGGCACCAAAUUAAGUAAUCUUACUUAUAUUUGUUUAAAAAGAAAAUUGAUUGCAAUCUGAUUUUAAUUUUAAUUUUUUUACAUUGCAUAAUUUAUAUUCUUUUCAUAGUACUUGUAGUACUUGGCACAUUACUGGGUCGGAUUAUUUGCGUGGUAAAGUUCAGCGUAAGUGAAAUCCAUUCAGCGCUGCGGAAAAGCGGAUGUGGUUAAGUAACCGUGUGUCCUGUCAAGAAGUUAAUUUAUUUCGCCGGAUACAAUGUGUCGAGAGGAAGCGAUGCAAGCCAAAGCCAUAUAGCACAGCCGAAAGCGGCUCGGCGCGCCGUUAUUGCACCGUGAAGCUAUGCUGCCGAAUGGAUUUUAACCAACUUCAGUAUGCAAUACGUCAUUUACAGCUGUGACUUCUUUCCUUUCCCUACUUUUGAAUUCCGCUUUCCUCAAAAGCGUUUGUUUUUCACUCUGUGAAUCUACCUCUUUUGUUUUUUUUUUGUUUUUUUUUUUUUACCGUGUAUGACUGAUCUAUAAAUGCAUGCAGUUGACUGUGGCUGUGAUAAUUUAAGUGUUACUCCGUAUACCCUCGUAUGAGAAAAUAUUUGGCUUUUUUUGUUUUUGUUUUUUUGUUUUAAUCGAUUUGAUUUCUUGACCGUUGUCUGGAAGCGUUGUUCCAUGUAAAGCUGCGUACCGUUUUAAUCAUAUGUUGGUGAACUGCUGCUUUUGCACAAAUGCGUUCGAACGUGUGACGCGUCGCACCCUCUCACCAAAAAACGCGCGGCGCUUGUGAUCCGAUGUAAAUCACGACGGGUGCUUCCAGAACGCACGUCGGCGGCGGCGUCCGACGCGGCGUCCGGUGUCGCAAUCUCGUUUCGGUUCUUACCGAAAGGGCGUGUGUGUGUGUGUGUGUGUGUGUGCAUGUUUGAUGCCGUAUACUCGUCUUGGACUGGUGAAGCCCCCCUCCCCUCCCCUCCCCUCGCUGUAGCUCAAAAGCUUUACAGAUGCAAUAUUGUUCCCUCAGUUUCAUUGUAGGUACCCUGCCUGUGAGGAUGAUUGAUGAAGGCAAUCGUGAAAAUGUAUCUGGGCUCGAGUGUGGGAAAUCGAUGGAAGAGUUGUGCUUAUUUAUUUUGAUACAACGUAACGAGUUCGGUGUCGGGCAGACGUUAGUUAUACGGACGUGGCGUGGCGCAGUCCUGCCCGUCUAUAAUUAUUGCACUCGACCAUGGAAAUCUAUUUCCAUAAAGGACUGUUAUAAAUAAACAUGAUAAUAAUUAA